AUGUCUAUGAGACCAGACGACCAUCGACGAAAAUGGGACAAAGAAGAGUACGAAAAACUAGCGGAAGAGCGAAUAAAAGAGGAAAAACUCCUGAAAGACGAGGGUGAAAAUCGAAAGAAGGGCCCACCAGUAAAACGAGAACUCCUAAAAACCAGAGAAUACAAAGUAGAUCUCGAUUCGAAAUUAGGCAAAAGCAUUGUGAUCAACAAAAAUACACCCACCUCACAGUCAGGCGGUUAUUAUUGUAAUGUGUGCGAUUGUGUGGUGAAAGAUUCCAUCAACUUCUUGGAUCACAUCAAUGGAAAGAAGCACCAGAGGAACUUGGGCAUGUCCAUGAAAGUGGAAAGGAGUUCGCUGGAUUCUGUGAAGAAAAGAUUCGAGCAAAAUAAGAAGAAAAUGGAGGAGAAAAAGAAAGAUUACGAUAUGGCUAGUCGAUUACAAGAGCUGGCUGAAGAGGAGGAGAAACUAAAAGAAUACAGACGAGAAAAGAAGAAAGAAAAGAGAAAAAUCGAGGAAGUUAGUAAAGAAGAACCUCCAAGUGAACUGGCUAGCAUAAUGGGGUUUUCGGGUUUUGGUGGAUCUAAAAAAAGUAAAUAA